CGGGGAGCCCGCAGGCGCCGGGAGGCCGCGCGCCGACGCGCCACCAGGCUCCAAAAUGGCAGAAGAGGAUCCAUAUUUGGGAGGGCAUGAACAAAUGUUUCAUUUGGAUCCUUUGAAUCAUACAAUAUUUAAUUCAGAAAUAUUUCAGUCAGAGAUGCCACUGCCAACGGCAGAUGGCCCAUACCUUCAAAUAUUAGAGCAACCCAAACAGAGAGGAUUUCGUUUCCGUUAUGUCUGUGAAGGCCCGUCCCAUGGCGGACUCCCCGGUGCAUCUAGUGAGAAGAAUAAGAAGUCCUACCCUCAGAUCAAAAUCUGCAACUACUCGGGACCUGCCAAGGUUAUUGUUCAGUUGGUCACAAAUGGAAAAAGCAUCCACCUGCACGCACACAGCCUGGUGGGGAAGCACUGUGAGGACGGGAUCUGCACCGUAAUGGCUGGACCCAAGGACAUGGUGGUCGGCUUUGCAAACCUGGGUAUACUUCAUGUGACAAAGAAAAAAGUAUUUGAAACACUGGAAGCACGAAUGACAGAGGCAUGUAUAAGGGGCUAUAAUCCCGGACUUUUGGUGCAUCCUGAUCUUGCCUAUUUGCAAGCAGAAGGUGGAGGAGACCGGCAGCUCACAGAUCGGGAAAAGGAGAUCAUCCGCCAGGCAGCUCUUCAGCAGACAAAGGAGAUGGACCUCAGCGUGGUGCGGCUCAUGUUUACAGCUUUCCUCCCAGACAGCACCGGGAGCUUCACCAGGCGCCUGGAACCCGUGGUAUCAGACGCCAUCUACGACAGCAAAGCCCCCAACGCGUCCAACUUGAAAAUUGUACGAAUGGACAGGACAGCUGGAUGCGUCACUGGAGGGGAAGAAAUUUAUCUUCUCUGUGACAAGGUUCAGAAAGAUGACAUCCAGAUUCGAUUUUAUGAAGAGGAGGAAAAUGGUGGAAUCUGGGAAGGAUUUGGAGAUUUUUCCCCUACAGACGUUCACAGACAAUUUGCCAUCGUCUUCAAAACACCAAAGUAUAAAGACAUCAACAUUACCAAACCAGCCUCUGUGUUUGUCCAACUACGGAGGAAAUCUGAUUUGGAAACUAGUGAACCAAAACCUUUUCUCUACUACCCUGAAAUCAAAGACAAAGAGGAAGUGCAGAGGAAGCGGCAGAAGCUCAUGCCCAAUUUCUCGGACAGCUUUGGCGGCGGUGGUGCCGGGGCUGGAGGCGGAGGCAUGUACGGCAGCGGCGGUGGAGGAGGGGGCACAGGAAGCGCCGGGCCAGGGUAUGGCUUCCCCCACUAUGGAUUUCCAUAUGGUGGAAUCACCUUCCACCAUGGAGCCACUAAAUCUAAUGCUGGGAUGAAGCAUGGAGCCAUGGACACAUCAUCUAAAAAUGACCCUGGAGGUUGUGAGGAGAGUGAUGACAGAGAGGCUGUAAGUCUCUCUGGGGAAGGAACCAAAACCCCAGAGCAACAUAAGGGGUCCAGCAGCAGAGAUGAUGAGGCUACUCUGGCCUAUCCAGUGGGAGUGAAGGAAGAGAAUUCUGGGUUUCUGGACAGCCUCUUCCUGGAGAAGGCAAUGCAGCUUGCCAGGCGGCACGCCAACGCCCUGUUUGACUAUGCGGUGACAGGAGAUGUGAAGAUGCUGCUGGCUGUCCAGCGUCACCUCACUGCCGUGCAGGAUGAGAACGGGGACUGUGUCUUACACUUAGCAAUCAUCCACCUCCAUGCUCAACUUGUGAGGGAUCUGCUAGAAGUCACUUCUGGUUUGGUUUUAGAUGACAUUAUCAACAUGAGAAAUGAUCUGUACCAGACGCCCUUGUACUUGGCAGUGAUCACCAAGCAGGAGGCUGUGGUGGAGGACUUGCUCAGGGCUGGGGUCGAUCUGAGCCUUCUGGACCACUUGGGUAACUCUGUUUUACACCUAGCUGCCAAAGAAGGACAUGAUAGAAUUCUCGGUACUUUACUCAAGCACAAAAAGGCAGCACUACUUAUCGACCACCCCAAUGGGGAAGGUCUGAACGCCAUCCACAUCGCGGUGAUGAGCAACAGCAUGCCCUGUCUGCUGCUGCUGGUGGCCGCCGGGGCGGACGUCAACGCGCAGGAGCAGAAGUCGGGUCGCACGGCGCUGCACCUGGCUGUGGAGCAGGACAACAUCUCCCUGGCUGGCUGUCUGCUCCUGGAGGGUGAUGCCCACGUAGACAGUACCACCUACGACGGAACUACACCGCUGCACAUAGCGGCCGGGAGAGGCUCCACCCGGAUGGCAGCCCUUCUGAAAGCAGCAGGAGCAGAUCCUCUGCUGGAGAACUUUGAGCCUCUCUAUGACCUGGACGAUUCCUGGGAAAAGGAUGGAGAUGAUGAAGGAGUUGUGCCUGGAACCACACCUCUAGAUAUGGCCACCAACUGGCAGGUAUUCGACAUAUUAAAUGGGAAGCCGUAUGAGCCAGAGUUUACAUCUGAUGAUUUAUUGGCACAAGGAGACAUGAAACAGCUGACUGAAGACACAAAGUUGCAGCUUUACAAGUUGCUAGAAUUUCCCGAUCCAGACAAAAACUGGGCAACUCUGGCACAGAAAUUAGGUCUGGGGAUACUCAAUAAUGCCUUCCGGCUGAGUCCUGCUCCUUCUAAAACGCUCAUGGACAAUUACGAGGUCUCUGGAGGGACCAUAAGAGAGCUGAUGGAAGCCCUGAGGCAGAUGGGCUACACCGAAGCGAUCGAGGUGCUCCAGGCCGCCUUCUGCGCCUCAGGAACUGCAGGCCCCAGCCCACUGGAGACCGCCCCGCAGGCCCACUCGCGGCCUCUCUCACCCGCCUCCACCAGACAGCAACUAGACGAGCUCCGAGACGACAGCAUCUGUGACAGCGGCGUGGAGACAUCCUUCCGCAAACUCAGCUUCACGGAGUCUCUGACCAGCGGCAGCUCAUUGCUAACUCUUAACAAAAUGCCCCACGAUUACGGGCAGGAAGGACCUAUAGAAGGUAAAAUUUAGCCUUCUGGCAGUUCCCAGCAUCCUGUAAACCAAAGUUCUGAAAUUCCACUGGACUGUCCAAGAGAAGGAAGGGAAAGUGCAUCCAGGGGUGCUCAGAGGAACACCGGCCGCCCUGGACAGCGCUGGGCUUCACUCGAGGCCUCUGAGACCCGGCUGCCUUCCUCGGCUCUCCAGGGAAUUUCAGCCCGGCUCACUGGCAUAUAGUCUCUAGCAGGCACGGCCUUCGGCGGGGCUGGUGCCUCGUGGAGGUGAGGUACCUUGUUGAGCUUUACCGGCUGCUUCCUGUCAUCAUUGCUGCUCCCCCUCUGCUGUGUCCCCACUGCCAUUACAAGGUUAAGUCCCCACCUGGUGUCUUUCUCGCCGGCCACAGCACAGUCGUGCACUCAGAUUAAGAAUUAAGGAAAUUCUUAAUAUUUUAUCAAGAAUAUUUUAAAUAAGAUAUUUUAAAAGGCGCCAUCAGUGUAUAAUUGAAAGAGGCUUACUGCUUUUUCUCACGUGGUGUAUCUCUGUGAUUUGAAAAAAGAACAUGUAUGUGUCGAUAUUUAAACAUGGUUACAAUCAGUGCUGAAAAUGGUCUUUUCCCCUUUUUCUGCAUUUUGCUAUUGUAAAUAUGUUUUUAGAUCAAAUACUUUAAAAGAAAGAAUGUUGGAUUUA